AUGGUGCUGGGAUCAAGGAAGCUACUGUUUCUGGCCUCUAGGGUCAAAUCAUAUGGUAUGAAUACGUCGGAAUAUCUUCCUGUGCCAUUUGAUCUUUCUAAACCUUUAUCUCGUGCUUCGGUGAAAGCAUACAAUCGUUCGAUAAAUGUCACCCACCAUACGAAACGGAAAACGAUGCAAAAGAAAUUGCUGGUAAUGUUGGCCCAGUUUUCAGUCUAUUAUUAUCGGUUUCCAAGAGUAACAAAUCCACAAGUAGAUGGUUUACGUUAUUCACUUGGAUCAGCGUCAGCCUUUAUGACGGGCUCGCAUAGAAAUUUUUCUACUCUUUCGAAUAAGGGGGUGGGUAGUCUGAGGCUUUUUGCUGGAACAAGAAGACGACUUUUUGGAUACCAGAGAAGACACAUUGGAAACUCGACCACUAAUGAAAUAAAGCGAAGGAGGAAUUUCCGUAGUUUCUUCACUCUGACAGCGAUUGCCAUAAUAUUUUUUGGUGUCGUCGCAAGGUAUGAUUUCGAUGGAUACGAGGAAAUAUCCGAAGAUGUUGAUGAAGAUUCACUUGAAAAAGAUAGUGAUCACAAAAAGGCUGUUAUAAGACCAACAAACUUGUUCUUGUACAUAUACUCUAGACUGCCAUUGAAUGCCCUGUCACGACUGUGGGGUAGAAUUAACAGCAUUGAAUUGCCCAUCUGGAUGAGGGUGCCUGGUUUUAAACUCUACACUAAAUUAUUUGGCGUCAACCUUGAUGAAAUGGUUGACCCUGAUUUAACGCACUAUCACAAUCUUUCGGAAUUCUUUUAUAGGAGAAUAAAACCUGAAGCAAGACCUAUAGACGAGGGUGCUCAACUGUGCUGUCCAUGUGAUGGAAGAAUUAUAAAAUUGGGGAGGGUCCAAAAUGGAGAAAUUGAGCAGGUGAAAGGCAUGACGUAUAGCGUUGAGGCGCUUCUUGGUACAACCAAUUCCAGAAAGCUUGCAGAGCCGGCCCACGCCAUUGAUUAUCCUCUUCAGAGCUUACGGGAGCAUGAUGAGGUUGCGGCCCAGUUUUUGGAAAGUUAUAAUGAGCACGAUCAUUCAGAGCACGCAAAUAAGCUCGUAAAGUAUGAAAAGGAAGGUGAUAAAUCUUUGAACCGGUCAUCGAUUUCGCAAAUUAUUAAAAUCUCAAGCAAGCUGUAUAGAAGCCAAGCCGAUGACAGUCAUUGUUUGUAUUACGCUGUGAUAUACUUAGACCCCGGUGAUUAUCACCACUUCCACUCUCCGGCCAAUUGGGUUGCGACAACCAGAAGGCAUUUUGCUGGUGAAUUAUAUUCUGUUGCACCAUACUUUCAGCGGACAUUCAACAAUUUAUUCGUUUUAAAUGAAAGAGUUGCACUUCUUGGUUACUGGAAGCAUGGCUUCUUUAGUAUGACUCCGGUUGGUGCAACAAACGUUGGUUCGAUUAAGGUUAAUUUUGAUAAGGAUCUCAGCACGAAUAUCACGUACAAAGAUAUAAAUCGUCCAAAACAGAAGCCAACCGAUAUCGGUGAUAUCCCAAUUGCUAGAUCUGGCUCUAGAAAAAAAGUUAGAAAGAAUACGUGUUACGAAGCUACAUAUAAUAAAGCCUCUCGUGUCCUUGAAGGACAACCUUUAUUUAAAGGUCAGGAAAUGGGAGGAUUUAUGCUGGGCUCUACCGUUGUUCUUUGCUUUGAGGCCCCUGCGGGUUUUGAAUUUAAAAAAGCAGAAGGUGAACAUGUUAAGGUUGGAGAGAGAUUUGGUUGUAUAGAUGAUUAA